AUGCCGCCUACGAGCUCGUCGUUUACGCCGCUGAACAUUACAAACGAUGUCGUUCCCGAAUGGAUGGGAUCCUUCACCCUUGCUGCACCCCCAAAUACCGAUCUUUGGAGGAAGCCGCCAUCAAGAGACACGUCGACGGCGCCCAUACUCUACACCGCGUUACGCAACCCCUUUGUAGCCGCCGAAGUCACAGUCUCGGCGGAUUGGGAACUGGAAUGGGACCAGGGAGGGCUGGUGAUAUUCGCGGGCGCACCGCCCGGGCAGAUACCAGUCGUGUCACCAGAGCCUCGUCGUGUCAUAGACCUCGCGUUAGAGGAUGAAGCAUUACCAUCGCCAUCGCAAGCUCUGGAUAUCAAUGGCUUCAACGCCACACGAGCACAGGACUCCCAUCUGGACCCUCCAAGAGAGCGUAGCCCUCCGCCCCCUUACGUGCCACCCGCCCCAGCGUCAAAGUGGGUCAAGGUCGGCUUGGAAUUUUGCAAUAAUGCCUGCCACGCGACAUCAGUAGUCGCAAACUGUGAGGGUGCAGAUUGGUCUCUGUCUGCGCUGCCACCGCACCAUGCGCGCCGUCUCGACCUACGCGUCAAGAUUGAACGCAUCGGCUAUGCACUGUGGGUUUGGUAUGAGGAUGAAAUGAUGGGCUGGAAGAAGCUACGGGAAGUCACUUGGUUCUUCUGGGGUGUCGAGGACAAGGCCGUUCGUGUUGGAGUGUAUGCAAGUCGGCCCGCCAACUUUGGCAUGAGCAUGUUUGAGCGAAGAAACGGCAGUGGUCAAAACAGCGGAGCAAGGAACCUCUGCGUAGACUUUGAGGGCUUGGAAAUUGGCUGA